AUGGCAAACGACUUAUUCAUCUAUAUUGGAGGACAGAAAUAUUGUUUAUCCGUCGAGGAAGUUUCAAAAGGACAUUGUGAAAAAUUAAAAGAGUUGAUGCUGGAGAACACGGGCCGGAGAAUAACUAUAAAUCGACCAAAAUUAGCCUUUGAGGCCAUUUUAGAUUUCCACUUGACCGGAUGUCUCCACAUGCCGAUCUCUGUGUGUCCGGAGCAGUUUAAGGAAGAGCUGGAUCAUUGGGAGGUUCCUCAUAUGACGAUGGAGCGAUGCUGUUUGACCCGGUUGUUGUCGUAUUUUCGGGAGAAGGCCCUGCUAAAGGACUACAAAAAUUCCAGAAGAUGUAUGCCGGAGAAAUAUUCAUCGUCCCCAAAGACUGCCAUCGCCAAAGUUUUUAAGAAACUUUGGAAUAUCUUGAAUUACCAAGACGAUUGUCUUGCAACAAAGAUGUACUUCUUCCUUUCCACGUGCAUGAUAUUUUUGUCAAUCUUCGGAGUCGCUAUCAGCACAUUACCCCAAUUCAGGGUUCAAGAACCAUCAGUUGAGACAGUGGUCACUCCCAUCCAAACACCCCCAGCCCCUGACUACUGCAAACUUGUGUACGAAAGCAUUACAUGGAUGAAAAGAUUGAAUUUUAAUCUAAACGAAAGUACAAUUGAACGUAGUGCAAGUGAUAGGAAAUUUUUUCUAACGGAUGUUUUUCCAGAACCAGUACACAAGAAAAUUCCAUCCUUACAACAGACGAUCGACCAAGGAACGAACGCGUUUUUCUACAUCGAGAUUAUCACUACUGUUUUCUUUACGGCUGACAAGGUGCUGCGCUUGCUGACCUGUCCUGGACUUCUCUCGUACUUGUUUGGUAUAAUGAAUAUUGCUGAAAUUCUGCUCCUUUUGGCCAGCUAUAGCCGGUUCAUUGUCCACUAUCUAUACAUACAAUACAAUGGGAACGCGUGGUCUUUAUUGUUGUACAUACAGAUGUUCCGUGUUCUCAGAAUCGUCAGAGUCAUGCGACACGUGACCGCCUUUAAGGUACUGAACUAUUCUAUGAAGGCCGGCUUAAAAGACCUCUGUGUUAUUUUUAUGUACAUUUUCAUUGGCCUCAUAAUUUUUUCCAAUCUCAUUUUUUUCUUUGAACUAUCAGAGGAUUUCCGGAGCAUUCCAGAUUCGUGGUGGUGGGCAUUAAUCACCAUGACUACCGUCGGAUACGGUGAUAUGAUUCCUAAGUCAAUUCCGGGAAAAGUUCUAGGUUGCAUCUGCGCUGUUUCCGGCGUUAUCAUGCUGUCCCUUGUAAUACCCAUUUUUGUGAAUACCUUUUUAUUUCUAUACCAGUUUGCAGAACUAGAUUCGGUAAAAAUUCCAACUCUGACGAAAAAACGUGAAUUCAAGACGAAUACAUCCGCCAAUACCGAGGUAACAUUCACUUCAGAGUAA